GCAGCUCCUUCUUCUCUUUCUUACUAGGAAAGGUUCUUGCGAACUCUGAGAGGCAGGUCAGCCCAAGCGAGGCGACGCGACGCUGAGGCGACGCUUUGUGUCGUUCUGUUUGGUAAUUACUCCGAGUUUCAGCUUCACAGUGUCUUUGCUCAUGAUGCUCCGGGCUCAAGUGGAGUCCUGUUUCUUUUUCAGCGAGAGAGAGACGUUGUAUUUCCACAAUGAAUUUUCUGCACAGGGUGUAAGUGAGCUAGAAUCAUUGUUGUACCUUGCCGCUCUUAUGUCAGGCUCCUAUGGAUUAGUAUUUCUACUAUUAAGAGUUUUGACGCUGAAGACCCUGGCCGCCGUUGUUGUGCUCCAGGAAGGAGAGCGUGACGUCCAGGUGAUGAGUGUCCUAGCUGGGACUGACACGCAACGGACGAGAUAUAUAACGAAAAUAAAAUGCUACAACCACGACCUUGGCCCAAAAGCCAUCGUGGGAUUGAGUCCCGAGUUCUGGGAAAUUUGAUUACAUAGAUGUUUCUUUAUUUACCAAAUGCUGAAAAGAAACAUUUAAGGUAUUAACAAAACUGUCAUGUGACGCCAGCGGAAGACAUGGAUCAUCAUAUUCUUUAUUAUAUUAUGAGCAAAGCUAAUCAGAGCAGCAACACUAUAUCAUAAGAUUAUUCUAGUUUAGGGUGACGGCUUUGAGUUGCUUGCUGUGCCUCUGCGGUGCUUCUGUUGCGGCCUUGUCCCCCCUGGCUCCGUAACACCGCUGACACAGUACAUGAUGCCAUUGGUCUACACAUCCAUGCCGAGCCCUGCGUGUGUGUAGAACAUAAUUGUGCCAGAAAGACCUUGACUAGGAGCACUUCGUCCAUGGUGAGUGUGUAGCACAAGUAGCUGGGCCGCAGCGACGCACUUGUCUUGUCCAUCGAUAGAAGUGUUGCGUCCGUCCGUCUUGUGUGAUGCUUUUCUGCCUCCAAGUUAGCAGCCUGAAGUCUUACAUUUCAUUCCUAGACAGAAUUCAUCCAAAUGUUUAUGUCGGUGUUAGUCUACUUGUCUCAGGAGUCAGGCACCUCCACCAGGCUGACCCCUUGGCGUCCAUUUGACGCCUGAGUCUGGCCGCGAGGCUCAUGUGUCCACCGGUGAGCGUCGUUUGCAUUUCGCCGCCAGACUCAGGUGGAUGAUAGUGUUGUCAACAGCAGUAGUGAUCCAAUGGUUUGCCUCCUGAGGAAAGUCCAGCAGCUGGGCGACGUGCUUAGUAACAGCCACCCCGGGGUGUCCCUUGCAGGGGAGCGGUACCCGGGGCGCGUGGCGGCCAUGUCGCGGGUGGCGGCCGCCCUGGAGCUGCCGCUCUCCAAGGCGGUGCCGGUGCCCACGGCAGCCGCCACGCACCUUAUCAUCACCUCUUCCCAAGCUGACCCCCUCUUCCCCCUCUCCACCAUCCACCACUACCUCCAGCACCUGCCGGUGACCACGGACGCCUCCAACCCCAACACCACCACCAUCACCACCACCACCACCUCCACCACUGAGGCUGACCACAACGUGUCACUGGAGCAGCUCAAGUACCUGGCCGGCACCUGUCAGUCUGCCCUCGAGGACUGCAAUGCGGAGGACGGCUGCCGCAGUUACCUGCAGCUGCUGAACGGCCACUGCGAGGACCCCAAGUGCCACAGAGACGCCUGCAUGAGCUCAAUCCAGGACAUCUACAAGUACCUCCUCGAGACCAACCAGGAGCUCGCCCUCAAGAUCGCCCUCUGUGUGUGUAGGAAGCACGAGGGCCGGGAGGAGGAGGGGUGUCGCAGUGCCCAGCGCCGCCUGCACCCGCCUUGCGCCGAGUCCACCGAGGCGCCGUCCAUCAGCCAAUGCCACAACCUUGGUCGGGACUGCCGCGGCGACCGAGUGUGUAGGUAUCGGCUGGAGCACUACGAGCUGUCGUGCGCGGCGGACACCGUGACGGGUCGCUGCGCGGGGCACCACCGGGAGUGCACCAAGGCCAUGCUGGGGCUGCUGGGCACGGACCUGCACACCAACUGUGUGUGUAAGGGCAUCGCCUUCCAAGACAUCAACCAGUGCCUGGCCUGGAAGCGGCUCAUCUGGGGCAACCCCUGUGUAGUCGAGGCACAGCUCACCUACCACCUCAAGCGGCUGGGCUUCCAGGUGGACAUUCUGGCGCCUGUCUUCAUGGAGGAGGACGAGGCGGAGAAGAACAGCAUCAAAGAAAAGAACGCCAAACUCGCCGGGGGUCGUGGAGGGGGACGAGACGACGACCACGACAACCACGACGACCACACCGACGACGACGACGACAUUCGCUACGACCCUUCAGAUGACCAGAACGACGCAAACGUGGAGGCAAACGACGGGACGCGGUUGCAGGCGAGAAAAGUGGCCAGCUCCUCCCCGCGCGGCCACACGCCCCCGCACGCCGCCCCCGCCGCCCCCACCACCUCCACCACCACCACCACCUCCACCACCACAACCACCACCACCACCACCACUACCACCACCUCGCCCACCACCACCACCAUACCCACGACAACGCUGCCGGAGAGGUAUUGCGAGGUGAGGCGACCUUGGGACACUCGAUCACACAUCAUCGAAGAGGGAGGCAGCAUGCGGCUUUAUAAAGAGGGCGACCAAGACUGUUCCGAGUUGUGCUUUUGCGAGCUGCACGAGAGAACGAAAUGCAAGGUAUUGGAGUGUCUCGAGAACCGCCCAUGUGAGACGAGCUACGCCGUGUACAACCACAACGCUCCCGCCUACCAAGCCAAGAGGGGCGAGUGUGUCUGUUACUCGGGCGACUUCGUGUGUCAAAGGCCAAAAGAAGAGGAGUUCGAGCUGCCGACGGGCCUGUUCCUGCUGCUGGGGUUUAGCAAGACGGAGGAGGCGCUGCUGAGGAACGUGACAGGGGGAGGCGCCGUGGAAGCCCUGGGCCACCUGCAGCUUCUCUUCCGCUCCAUCGCCGCGGAUUUGGGGGAGGACUGUGUGCUGGAGCUGCUGCAGCACACCGAGGACAACUUGGUCCUGCAGAUCAGACAUCUGCAGGUCACCACGGGCGCCACAAACGCCUCCUACAGCCACUACAUGCAGAUGGAGGAGCGUGAGCGCUGCGAGAAGCCUGCCCAAGAGGUGGCGGCCAUGUUCCGGCAGCGCUCGUCGCGCAUCCACCACGACGUCAGUCUCUCGCUCUUCGUGCUGGCAGAGGUCGUCGACAACGUGCCCAACCCACAGCGCAUCAGCAACGGCCAGGCGUCCGUGGGCGGGGCGGGCGCGAGGGCGUGUUGGUCGGCGUGGCUGGCGGGGGUGGCAGUGCUGCUGGCGGGUAGGCUGGACGCCGCCCGUUACUUCGCCCACGCCGCCGCCUCGUCGUGAUACACACAGAACAUGUUCUUUUUAUGUUGUGACUGGGCAGUGAGCUAACCUUUCCCGGCAGUAGUGAUGAUGUAAAUAAGAAAGUUACUCCCGAGUGAUCGAGUGUGUGUAAAUAAUAAAAAAAAUAUAAUUUUAAAAAGUUCAUAACCUCAUUAUAAGGCGUGACGCUGUGAGCAGAGCCUCGCUGCUUUGAGUGACAUUCACGCUGCCUGUCACCGAGGCCUCGCGGCGCCAGGCCCUGCUGAGUCGCCGCCAUUCCUCAGGCGUCGGAAGUUCGGAUCCUUUGGCUGAAGAGUGAGGCGGUGCAGGCAGCAAGGUGGAGCACGGCGUGGCGGCGAGACAAACUACCUGCCCAGAGGGUAUGGGUGAAGGGUGGCGCUGACGGCGCGCCUCCAGGUUGCUCAGCGAGAUUUUUGCGGCUCGGCCACCGCAGAGCAGUGUUGACGCGGCCUCCAGUAAGCCGCCGCCUGGGUCUGGGCCGCCGAGGAAGAACACUUCAGACUAGCGGCGGCACCGGCUGUCCCGCCGCCAGACGCAGCUCGCCGCGCCGUGGAGGGGUUGAUGUUUUAUGUCAAAAUGUAGAGUAGAUUUUAUUUUUCCUCUUAAGUGUUCACUCGAUAUUUCGUUUUCCAGGAAUAUCAUUCGUAACAGGUUUGUAACGUGGAGAUAAAAAUCCAUGCCAUAAUUUUUUUUCAGUGUCUAUAAUACAAGAAAAAUGCUCGCGCGAGGGGGGGAAUGGGGGGCGGGGAGCCGGGGAGGGGUGGGCGUGCUGGUGCUAAUACUGGUAGUUUUUCUCUCGUUGUUGAUAGUCAAAACAUGUGAACGAUAUUUUGCUUGUUUAUUAUAUCGGUAUAAAAAAAUGGUAAAAAAUACUGUACAAAUGUUAUUUGCUUUUCUUGUUGCUUGUUGUAGUGAAAAAUGCUCGAAAUGUUGCAAUAAACAAUCGUGAAAACUGCUUGCAAUAUUUUUCUCGAGGAC